AAAGGUCUUAUCUUUAUGUAGCAUUAUUCACAGUUCUGAUAUAGAAUUAUGAUGUGAUAAACACGGGCUGUAAGUCCAUCUCUAAAUUUAACAACAUGAGCGGCGAGCAUGGCGAAGGCGACGCCACGCCUUCAACAGGACGAGAAAAACGUAGCUGGCUUCAUUCUUUAACGAGGCGAAAAAAAUCCACAGCGACUCUUUCGCCCUGUUCCAGCUUUACGGGUGCACAAGCUUCUCAGGUUCAGAAUAACAACAACGAGCCCCUUUGCGUGGCAGAGCAUGCAGCUGGGUCAAGCCACAGCGUGGACGGGUCAUUAGCCGCAGCAACUAGUAGCCAGGGGGGUACUCUACGGAAGCGUAAGGACAAAAAAACACUUUUUCAACGCAUACGGAAGAAAAUGGGCCUAGGCCUAAGUUCACUACGUAACUGGCACUCGAUGGGCGACGACUGUGAAGCGGAUUGUGGUACCACCGACGCAACCUAUGAAUUCUUGGCACGCCCUCGCAUUGAGCCUCCUUUACCAUUUACGCACGAUUAUAUGCGGUUCAUAAGGAAGAAAUGGCUGGAGCGACAGGAUCCGCCAAAUCUUGUUAUGUAUAAGGCGUGCUCUGAAAUGCUCAAUCAAGUGUGGUAUUGGGGUGAGAUUUCGCGCAAGGUUUCCCAGCGGCAAUUGAGCGGUAAGCCAACAGGGUCUUUUCUUGUUCGCGACUCGGAAACCAGUGGGUUUACACUCAGCUUUCGUAUUGUCAAUGUAACGCUGCACUAUAGGUUAGAAUAUCGGGAUGAAUUUUGGCAUUUUGAAGAACUUAAAUAUAAGUCAAUUGUGGAAAUGAUUGACGAUAUAUUACAUCGCUGUACCAACGACAAUUUCGUGUGUUUCGUCAAAGUUACAAAUGAAAUGCAGCCGCCAUUUCCAGUGAUUUUAAAAUAUCCGCUUAGUAGGUACCUCAACAUGCCUAAAUUGCAGGAUUUGUGUCGUAGAGUUCUACAGCGUCAUACGCCCAUGGAGGAGCUGGCUGAAUUGCCAGUGCCUGCUCAAAUGAUUGAGUAUUUAUCUGUAGAGCGUGAAUUGGUAUUUCAGAGUUAGAGAGUGGAAGGUAUUGCAGGGAAAUGCUGCCUCUCUUGGUAUAAGCUUUAAAUAAAAUAUAAAUGCACAAAAUAACCAAAGAUGUCGAGGCAGCUGGCUAAAACAUAUACUAACUUGUCUGCAUUCAGGCGGAGAUGUGCUACAAUUAAACUUAAACCAAAUCGCAAUUGGUUGCAACUAAAAUGCGCACAUAUUAAUUGAAAUUUUGUUCCAUGUUUUUUACGCUGGAAGGCAACUUAAAGCACAAAAUCUAACAUAUGUACAUUAGCAUGUAUGCUUUUAAUUGUACCAUAAUUAUAUAUAAACUUAAAAAUGUAGGCAACAGCUCUAUCAUUGUAUUGCUACUUUAAAUGUACAGUGUAACAAUCGAAUAUAAGUGUCAAUGUUAUUGCAAUGGUCAAAAUUAGACUAUCUGUGUUCGUCUACUACCGCCAUAUCGUUGCCGAUGGUGAUUUUCAUACAUACAUGUGUGUAGAAACAUUACAGCUCCUUGAUGUGUCCUAAGGUAAUGUGUAAACAUAAUCAUAUUAAUUUAUUAUUGUUAGUGUAAGCUCUGCAAUACAGUGUAGCUCAAGAUAUUUUUAUCUAUUUGCAAAUGAUUCCUUAUGUAUACACAUUUUACAAUUUGAUAUUCGUAUAUAUGUAUAAACUAUAUGUAGUGUUAUUAAAAGUGCAAAUGUACAUAUGCGAUAAGAAGUGUAUAAUCGCGUU